AGGCUAAAAUAGUUUUAUUAUGCUACAUUAUUUAUUGUGUAAAAUGGAAAAGAGGUUAAAAGAGUUUUACAUCAUUGGUUGAAAAUCACAAUCUCCUCAUACUAGAGUUAACAACUUUACUUCUUGUACACACUCAAUGUUUUGUCUAUGAAUAAACAAUUUUUUUCCAUUGUCACAAGAAAAAUAUUUUGUCUUUGACAUAGAAUAAAUUGUCUGUUCAUAGGCAAAAAACCGAAGAAAUGCUAUAGCUGAGGUUAUUAAGGUGUUUUUUAUCCUAUCUCACAUUACGUAUUGUCCUCCUAACAUUUAAAUGUGUUUUCACUUUUCACUCAAAAGAAAAAAAAAACUAAGGGUGCCCCAUUUUAUGUACCUCAUGGCACACACUGUCUAUACAGACAGAAUUGUCUAUAUACAGACAACUUUGUAAUUCCGAACAUGGUUAUCUGUAUACAGACAACCCUAUUUGCGUAGAUAAUGUAUGCGAAUGAGAUACACAAAAUAGGUACGUAGGCAUCUAGCAUUUCUAAAAAAACCUUGGUAUAGAUUUUCCUUGUCAACUCCCACGUGUACGGCCAGGUUCUUCCGCAAUUGUUUCCAACAAAGGUUUCUUCGAUCUACAAGUAGACAACCUAUGCCGGCGAUACUCCAUCCCAACGUCGAUCCGGCCGACGUCAUUUCCCGGAGAACCAACACCUCCCUCUGCCGGAGAGACCUUUCUCCCGUUCUCAGCAGACACCCUUUUCGCCGCGGAGGCGGCUGCCGUCCGGACAAGCAUCCCCACGUCGGCGGCGGUGAUCACCGAGCCCAACCUCUUCAUCGGAAACAUGACGUAAACAGUCCCGAACUCCAAGUCAUCGUCCGCCGCGACGCCGGAGAACCUCCUCCCGGCGACGAGGGAUCCAGCGCUGACCAAGAAGUGGCUGGGGUGUUCCAGCAUGAUCUCGGCCGCCUUGAUCGGCUCCCGGAGCUUCUGGAUUUCGCCGCCGGGGAGGAGCACCUUGCAUGAAGCUUCUAUGAGAUGGCCACUAAUAGAAACACUACUACGGCAAGAAACUUGAUUUCCCAUGUUUUUUAGAAAAGUUCUUUUUUAGCAGUUAGGGGAGAAAAUCUCUUCUUGCAGAUAACUUUCUAAUCCUGUGAAAUGAUGCUGAACCUAUUGGUGGUGGUUGAAUAUAUGUUAAUUAAAAAACCGACCGGAGGUAUUAGACCGUCUAUAGUUACUCGGCAUUUGUAAUGGGGUAAUCAGAUUUAAUGGAGAACAAUUUUGUUCACCCUCAUAUGAGAGGGUAUGUUCACCCCCACCAAAGUUUUGUAUAAAACAAUUGUUUUAUAUUUUUCUUUUUUAAUCCAUUUUUUUAAAAAAUAUAUCAAAAAUUUUCUUUUUUUACGAUCUUUCAUAUGGUACUAAUAUUACAUAUAAAAAAAUCAACUAAAAAUUGAUAUUUAGAAAUAAAUGUUUUUUUUUCAAAUUUAUAUAUAUACAAAAUUGAUAUUAUUGGAAAGAUCAUAAAAAACUAAAAAAUCUGAUAUAUUUUUUUAGGGAAAACUAUCAAAUAAGCCCUUCUACUUUUAAAAAAAAAUCAACUAGACCCCCCAACUAAAAUUUCGGUCAAUCAAACCCUUAACUCAUUUUAAAGUAUCAAAUCCUCCCUUUUGACCGGUAGCCUCCCAAUUCCCGGUCAAAAUGCAUGUGUGGCGUAUGACAAGGUUUUUUUCCCCUUUUCUCCUUCUUUUUCUUUUUCUCUUCCCUUCCUUCUUCACCCCCUCAUUUCUCCUUUCCUGCACACACGGCACACCUGCAAAUUUUUUUUCUUUCUUUCUCAUUCUUUUCUUUCCCUUUUUCUCUGACCUCACAUCACCCUCCUCACCUUCCUCCGCCUUCACUCCCGUCCCUACUUCUUCGUCGUCGACAGGUGUGGGGGGGCGAAUUGAAGGUGCAGCAGAUCUGGAUAUUGCCGGUCUGGAGAUCUCACAGAACACCGUCGCCAACCCGGAAGCUUCAACGGAGCACCUUCAUUGACUUCAAGGAUAUUGACUCAUGGGCAGGGGACAAGCAAUCUGUGAGAAGGAGGAGUCCGGCAGUCCGGCGAUAUGAGUUUCUCUCAUGAAUCUCCGGCGACGUGAAGGACUGGACGACCGGUGGGUGGGAAUUGUGAGAAAGAAGAAAAGUGGAGAAGAAAGGGUGGAUGGAAUAAAUGGAAGAAGGGGAAAGGGGGUUGCUCGAAUAGGAGAGUAGGAGAAAGGGGAGAUGGAAAAAAGAAAGACAAAAGAAAAACAAAAUGAAAAAAAAAACUGAAAACCGCUACGUGGGACGCCAUGUGUGCAAGUAACAGAUUAACCAAUACAUUACCAGUCAAAAGGGGGGAUUUGCCACUCUAAAAUGAGUUCAAGGGUUUAAUUGAGCGAGAUUUGAGUUGGGGGGUCUAAUUGAUUUUUUUUAAAGGUAGAGGCUAAUUUUAUAGUUUUCCAAAAAAUCCCACGUUCGGUUCACCGAUCUAAAAUUAAUUAGAAUCGGUUUACCAAAGUCGAUCCAUCCCGCAUCCAGGUACGCCGCUCUCUACCAGGUCCAGAGCUCCAUUUGUAAAAAACGAUGCCUUUCUUCUUCCAUCUUUGUCUAGAGCCGCCGACCUGAUCUAUCUAGUCUCUUCUGCUCCAAACCAGGUGUUUCAUCCUCCGCCGCUCGACCAACGGAAGAUGAAGCCGUCAAUUUGAUUUAGUUCAGGCGAGCUCUUCUGCUACAUAUCCAGUUAGUAUGGGGAUGUUUUGGCAUGCAGCAGGAGGGGACAGAAGUUGAUGGAGUUCUUGAAGUUGGGCAGGAGUAGUUAUCGUUAUAUUCUGAUAAAAGAAGAGCAGAUUUAAAGAUUGUCUCAAAAAUUCUGAAAGUGGAUUUCAAGGAAAUGAAACAAAUCUUGAAGUUGAAGACUUGUGUUCUAAACUUGAGCUGCUUUUUUAGCUUUGGAGAUUAAUUACGAGACUUGGUUUAAAUCUAGAGUUUUAUCUGUUAUAGUUUUAUCUAGACUUCGUAUAUCAGUUCUAGUUUUAUGCAGUUAUGUAUCUGUUAACACUGGUAUAGUCUUGUAUUUCUGCUGCAUUGAUCACAUUUGGCCAAACUUAAUCUGUUUCUAACUUACUAGUAGACAUCUGGAGCUUUUCACAGUAGACAG